CCGCCCUUAAACCCCGUCGAAGAAGAAAAAGCGAGUUUGACAAAUCCCGGAACUAUCCGUGGAGUGUGAAAGUAGGAUAUUUCUCUAUAAUUUACAGUUUUGUCCAACUUUAAAAAAAAUCAUAGUGCCUACAUAGGCAUAACCUAUUUACAUCGAAUGUUAAACGGUAUGCGGGCUUCAUUUUGUGUACUUUAGAAAUUGACAACAUUGUCGUUAAAUGUGUUGAAGUUAACGUUACAGUCGUGGACUUCUGACUAACGUAACGUUUCACUUCCAGAUUCAGUUCUGUAUUUCGAUCCAACGCCGCUUAAUCUCAUUAGCCUACUGCUCAUUUCGUUCUGAAAUCAACUAUUGAUACUUUUACAUAAUGAGAUAUUGCGCUUUAUUAUUUACAAUGUAUGCGCUGGUCUAAUCUCAAUGCUAGAGGGACAUACCGAGGUCGGACCAGGUAGACAGCCACCAUGGCUGCAGUGCAGGACUCUAUCUACAUGAAAUCCUCUGACCUUAUCAAAAAGGAGCCUCUGGACUACGGCGGCUUCGGUACCGUGUACCUGUGCUAUCACAAAACCCUCGGUCAGGUGGUUCUGAAGAGCGUCUACACCGGGCCACCGCGCAAUGAGGGCAAUAAGCAGUCCCUGCUAGAAGAGGGCAGCCUGAUGACCAGACUGAACCAUGAGCGGGUGGUCAGGCUGCUGGGGGUGAUCCUGGAGGAUGGGGACUACUCUCUGGUCAUGGAGCUCCUCCCUAAAGGCAACCUGCUGGCCAUGCUGGACCAGGUUUCUGUGCCGAUAUCUAUCAAGGGCAGAAUCAUAUUGGAGAUUCUGGAGGGGAUGGUGUACCUGAUGAAGAACUGUGUCAUACACAAGGAUCUCAAACCAGAAAACAUACUGGUGGACAACGAUUUUCAUAUUAAGAUUGCAGACCUGGGCCUUGCCACCUGUCAGACGUGGAGCAGACUGACUAAGGAGGAGUCUCGCAGGCAGAGCCGGCUAGGACGUAUGGGGGCUGGAGGAGGGGGGGCCAGGGCAGCUGGUACUCUGUGCUACAUGGCUCCUGAGCACCUUGACAGCAUCCAUACACGCUCCUCUGAGAAGUCUGACAUCUAUAGCUUCGCUAUUGUCAUCUGGGUCAUCCUCACUGCCAGGGAGCCCUUUGAAAAUGCUCGGAGUGAGGACCAUAUCUGCCAGUGUGUCCGUAAAGGCGAUCGUCCGAAUGAAGACCUCAUCCCUGGUGAUACUCCUGUAGAGAUCAUAGAGCUAAUGAAGAGUUGCUGGCAUCAGGAUCCACAACGACGGCCAACAUUCAGAGAGGGCUACAACUUCUUCCUGCCCGUCUACAGGGAGAAGUUGGAGCCAGAUGUAGAAAGGGACUCACUUGGUCUCAGAGACUUGUACGAGGGGCCUGAGGAGCUGGUGGAGAAGAUGAAAUCUUUAUCGAUGCCUCCUGAGAGCCUUACAGCAGACCGGCCAGCUCCCUUGCUGAGCUCAGACAGUGCUGGGGCUGUCCGUAUAGAAGCUGGUCCAGUGGAGGCCAGCAUUGAGGACCUGAACCUCUUCCUUCCCUGUGAGCCCUCCCUAAUCCAGCCAGAUGCCCGAGCCCAUGGUCCCAUCAGCACCCCCUCUGGUAUGGAGCUCAAACUGGUCAGCAGUUCGAGGUCAAACCUGGAGGUCAAAUUAGCCCAGGAGUACGAGUACCACAAAUUCGGCAGCUACUGCCGGAUGGAUCAGCCGGAAUUCAGCCCCUACCCUCUCCCUGCCACCCCACAGCGCCUCUCCUCACAGGACCUCACUUCCACCAGAGGCCUCCCAGACCUCAGGCCCCCUCAGCCCCCAGUGUCCUCUGUCCAGUCUUGGACCAAAACCCAGGCCGUCCAGCCCAGCAGCGUGGAGGUGGACCCUCUCCUCCAUCUCUCUGACCUGUACGAGGCUGCGGCCCCCUCCGGUACCACCACACCAAGACACCAGCAGUCAAGCCACAUCCCUGAGUCCACCAGCAGCCCAUCUCUGAGCCAGGGCAAGUACUCCCCCCAGCAGCAAUAUCCCUACGCCCAGUAUGACCGCCUCCAGUCCUGGCCAGCCUACCCAGUGCCAGAGUCAGCUGCCCCAGACCUCACUGCAGGGCUGCGCCUGAACUCAGGUGCCAAGGUUGGACUUUCACAAGACCCAGCAGGCCUAUUUAUCCAGAACGCCAGUGGGAUCCAGAUAGGCAGCAACAACACACUCAGCAUCAGGGGUCAUGAGUCAUACAGCAGCUCAGCCAGCUCUCUCUCCAACGGGCCCAACUCACUCUCUCUGCUCAAAGAAAACCUGCAGAUGUACGAGGACCAGGCAGUGACGGAGGAGCACCUGGAUCUCCUGAGAGAUAAUAUCGGGAAGGACUGGAAGCGCUGCGCCCGUCGUCUGGGCCUGAGCGAGGUGGAGGUGGAGACCAUCGACCAUGACUACCAACGUGACGGGCUGCCUGAAAAGGUGCACCAGAUGCUGGAGCGCUGGAGGAUGAAGGAGGGCUGUGUGGGCUGCACCGUGGGCCGGCUCUGCAGAGCCCUGGAGAACUGUGUUAAAGUCGACCUGUUGAAGAGGCUUCUGCACUCCAGCGGGACCAACAGUUCUCUGUAGGUACGGUAGCCUGUAUCAACUGUAUUCAAUUGCGCCUACCCCUAUACCAGAGGGGUUACUAUUGACUCCAGCCCCCCACCCUCACCCUUACAUUCCUACCAACCAGUCUAACGUGUAAUGAUUGUCAGUUGAGUUGUUAGUAUUGACUUUGAACUACUUACUUACUGUACGGUAGUCUGGCUGUAAUUUCUUGCCAUAUGAUAUGGAUAUGAGUGUAGCAGCCCAAAUACACCAUUCCAAUCUUUGGGAAAUCUGCAGUUGCUUUAUCCAUUUUGGGGCUUAAGUUAACAAUAUAUACCCAUUUGAUUAUUGAAGAAUGAACUUAUAAAUGCCUCAUGAGUUUAGUUCAACUGUUGUGCCACAUCAGAGCCCUAUACUACAAAUCAGGUUUGAGGAGUUGGCGAGGCAACCUUGGUCAAAUCCUCGGGAUAAUCGGCAACACAUUUUUAUCCUGAAUGAAGUUUCUGAGCCAAAAGUUGAGGAAUAAUUCAAUCAGAUACCCUCCAUGCAAAGCUUGUCAUCAUCCCCUCCAUUUGAGGAAGCCGACUGAUUUAAAUGUUUGUAUUAUGUGUUUUUGUGUGUAAAAAAAAAAAAAAAAUCUUCAUAUUA